GGCACCACCGUCUUAGUAGAACUGACUCCAGAUAUUCACAUUUGUGGACUAUGUAAGCAACAAUUCAACAAUCUGGAUGCAUUUGUCGCACACAAGAGAAGUGGCUGCCAGCUCUCCGGUACAGCAGCCGGCACCACCAGUACGGUGCAGUUUGUGUCGGAAGAAAUGGUACCGGCAACACAGACUCAAACUGCGACUAGAACAAUCACUUCAGAGACCCAAACCAUUACAGGUUGUCAGUUCAAGACAUCCUAUGGUAUGAAAGAUAUGGAGCGGCAUUUAAGAACACACACAGGUGACAAGCCCCAUAAAUGUGAAGUUUGCGGCAAAUGCUUCAGUCGCAAAGACAAGCUGACAAUGCACAUGCGAUCCCACACUGGUUUUAAACCUCACAAGUGUAAGCACUGUGACUACGCAGCCGCUGAGAGCAGCAGCCUGAACAAGCACCAGCGCAUACACUCGAACGAGCGCCCUUUCAAAUGCCAGAUUUGCCCUUAUGCUAGUCGCAAUUCCAGCCAGCUGACCGUGCAUCUGCGAUCCCACACAGGAGACGCUCCCUUCCAGUGCCGCCUGUGCAGCGCCAAGUUCAAAAUCAACUCUGACUUGAAGAGGCACAUGCGGGUGCACACCGGGGAGAAGCCCUACCAGUGCGAGUUCUGCGACGUGCGCUGCGCGAUGAAAGGCAACCUGAAGUCCCACGUCCGCGUCAAGCACAACGUGGAGAACACCUUCAAGUGCCUGGAGUGCGAGUUCCAGUGCGGGAACAAGACCAGCCUCCGGCAGCACCUGCGCACCCACCAGCCCGAGCAGCCGGUGAAAUGCGCCGAGUGCAGCUACUCCUGCCCCAACAAGGCCACCCUCAGGGUCCAUGAAAGGGUCCACCUCCAGGACCGCCCCUUCAAGUGCGAGUUCUGCAGCUUCGACACAAAGCAGCGCAGCAACCUCACCACCCACAUGAAGAAAGUGCACCGAGAAAAGGCCAAGAAGAGAACCGCAGAGAGGGCGGAAGGGGACGGGCCGAAGGACGGCGGCCCCAGGCAAGUGGCGAGGCUGGAAGCCAAGAAAGCGUUCAGGUGCGACCUCUGCGAGGCCUCGUUUGUCCGGGAAGAUUCUCUGAGGAGCCACAAGAGGCAGCACGUCGAAUACAAUGGGUCGCCAAACGCCGAGCUGGCUGUCCUGCAACUGCAGAUGGACCCAGGCCAGCCAGCCGGGGCUCCUAUUACAGUCAGUCAUCUCCAGGUGCCGCUGCGGGCGUCGGCCUACGGCGAAGGGCAGGUCAAGAUCAUUGUCGGGCAUCAGAUGCCCCCGGCUGGCAGCCUCAUUCAAGCGGCUUCGGUCAACAUCGUUCCUCCCGCCUUGAUAAGCCAGAGUCAGGAAGAUCUGCCCGGCAGCAGCCAGUUGCAAAUACUGCAGCAGGUGAGCUUGCUCCCCACGGGGUCUCAGGCAGAAAGCAUUUCGGUGGGCCAGCCGGCGGUUCUCCUGACGACCCACGAUCCAGCUGACGGAGGCGCAGCGCACCAGACCCUGAUUCCUGCCCUUCCAGUGGGCAGCCAGGAGGCCUCCGCUAGCCAGGCGUUCAUCAGCGGUGCGGGGAUCAGCUGCUCGGACUUGGAAGGGCUCAACGCGUUGAUUCAGGAAGGGGCAGGGGAAGUGACGGUGGUGAGUGACGAGGACCAGAACAUUGCCGUGACUUCGGCUCCGCCUGUCUUUUCCUCCCCGGCUCACCCGGACGUGGGGAAGCAAACCUACUCCAUCAUCCAGACCGGAGCCCAUGCGAGUUUGCUGUGCCCUGCCGACUCUAUACCUGAUUAG